AUGCUUCUCAGCCUCAUCCUCGCCCUGUCGAGUGUCUCGCUCUCAGCGGCCAAAUCCGCAGCAAACUUCAAUGCAUCAACUUCAACCCUCUCCUCCCUGGGCUGCGAUGCUGCCUGCCAGCGAGCCUUUAACGCGGGACGAAAGGAGGACAUUGAGAUGUUCGGAACAGACUUUGACUUCGACUUCUAUGCCACAGCUCGCAACUUCUCCUCCUCGAAGCCGGGCGACCUCCUCAAGUUCGAACCUCUGAACGGUUCGUCCCUAAAUGUGAUUUAUGGGCUUGCCGCCUAUCGAUACCAGUAUACCUCCGUCAGCCUGAAUGGGACGGUGGUGCCUGCUACUGGGUUUAUUGCGUUUCCAUACACUUCGUCUCGCCAGGAUGGGAAAUAUCCUGUUAUUGCCUAUGCCCACGGCAGCAUUGGCAUUUUCGCGGGCUGUCCGCCGUCCACGACUGCUAAACUAUACGACUAUAAUACCUGGAGUAUCCUUGCUCAGAACGGGUAUGCCAUUGUUGCCCCUGACUAUGCCGGUCUUGGGAACGACUAUAUCCAGCACGAAUACUCUAGCUUCCCGGCUCAUGCCAACGAUCUCUACUACGGCAUGGUUGCUGCUCGCAAAGUAUUCCCGAGCACCUUCACCGACGAGUGGGCAAGUGUUGGCCACUCCCAGGGAGGAGGAGCUGUCUGGAAGCUCUCUGAAAGCCCUCUCCACAAGUCUGGAGCAGCCGGUAACUACGUGGGAACCGUCGCCGUGGCACCGGGCUCGAGACUCUAUGACUUGAUCCUUCUUACAGCCGAGAAGAUAUUCCCCCGGUCCGACUACAACACUUACUACAUCACGUAUAUAUUCCUAUGGCUGUCGACUACCCUUCGACGCGCGAUUCCCUCAGCGGAUAUGUCAGUCUUCUCGCAAAAGCUCUUGCAACGAGCCCACAUCGCAGACCUCACACAAUCCUGUAACGACGGCGCCCUGGCGCUGGGCCUCGGCCUCUCUCCAAAGGAAAUAAUCACCAGCACAGCCGCGCUCAGGAACAGCACCGAUUUCGCCAAGUGGCAGAAGAUGAACGCCCCAGCCCUGGGUGCCAAAGCAGAGUCACCUCUUUUGAUUGUUCAGGGGCUGGCGGAUACCACGAUUUUGCCUGAGAUUACAGUCGCCGCGUACAAUGACACCUGUGGAUUCGGGAAUGAGGCGCACUUGAAUUUGUAUCCGGGCAUCGAUCACGGCGAUGUGGUCACGGCUAGUUCCCCUGACUGGCUGCGUUUUCUGCGUGAGCGGUUCGAGGGGAAGAGGACCGGUGGUGAAUGCAAGAAGACGGUUUCUGGCCCGUUUGAUGCUGCUCAUAUGGCUGCGCUGAAUCAGUCGACUAUAAUACUAGAUCUCUGA